GGUGCUUUUUUAAAAAAGAAAACCAACCUAGUUUGAUGCAUAAAACAAUUGACAAUUGUGUCAAUCACACUGGCUUGCAGGCAUCCUAUCUCAGAAAGUCUUUUAUCUAUCGUGUGUAUCAGUUAUUCAGAGUUGUUUAUAAGAGCCAGGUGCUGUUGCUUAGCAUCGUGAGCAGAAUUGCAGCUCUUAAGUUUGGAAUUUAUAUGUAUGUAUGUAUAUAUAUAUAUAUAUAUAUAUAUAUAUUAAAAGAUAUUUUAUGUGUUGGAAGGUGUUUUGUCAUUGGAUAGUCACUCCUGGGAAUAAUGCAGAUCGAGCUUGCUAUGUGCUAGAUUUGAGUCCAUUCACGUGUGAUUUUAUUUUAUUUAUUUAUUUAUUUAUUUAUUUAUUUAUUUAUUUAUUUGGGAUGGUUGUGUUCAUGCUUUCAACUGAUUGUUCUGCCUUGCGUUCAACUCUUGUUGUUCAGCCUGUUGCCAAUUAGUAACAUUUCACACAGCAAUGUGUGGAACAGACUGCGAAAUGUUAGAUAUCCCUUGUAUUGUAAGAGCAAUGGAGGCAUCUGCCUGGGGAAGUCAGUUGUCGAGGCUAAAUAAAUGGGUUGAAUAAAUAAAUAGAAUUCAGAAAUUAAUUAGGUUGUCAGGUACACCCUUAAAAUAGCAGCCAGGUUCAAAAUUGCAGGCUGCUUGUUACUGCUUGGAUCAACUCGGUUUUAAUGUGCAGCACAAUUUGCUUACACUUGAGGAUUGCCGUGGGAUGCAUGCUUGACAUACCACACUUUGAAAACAGCCACAGUUUUUCUGAGAAUACCUAAAUUUUAAAACCAGUGGUGCACUCUAAACUUUGUUCAGUGCAGUAAGUUGUUAUUUCCUUCACUUUCCAAGUGGAAUUGCGCUUCAUUGCUUUUUCUUCUCUUCUGUAUUACUGCAGCAAGCAGGGUCACAAUAAUUAAGUUGAGAAGCCCUGAUGUGCAGUAUUAGGUAUUCCCAUAAAACAGAUGUUAGCCGUGCAGUGCAAGGAAAGCAGUUUGUUUUUUUUAGUUCAGCAUUGUGGUAAUGCAUACAACUGUGUUGUUUCACGGGUUUUACCCCAGCCCCUGCAGUGAAACACAAAAGGAAAAAGGAUGUCCAUGGUUCUGAACUUAACAGAUGUGUAAGAGCUCUGAAAUGAAGCCCAUGAGCUUUGUUGACAGCUUUGCACCACUUGGAUAUAUUUUAAAGACGGCAUUCACAAAUUCCACUUGUGCUUUUGAUCACUUUUCCCCCCAAUAACACAGACCUAGAGAGUAAAACUAGGAGUAGAAAAAAAAAUCAUAUAAAACUCCCCCCCCCUUUUUUUUUUUAAAGUUGGCUUAUUGAGCCUAGGGCCAUGUGUGAACCAACCAUUCUGGUUUGAAAAGCGUCAUUUAGUCCCCCAAAGCUGACCUACUGCAUUACCUGCAUAUUAUCCAGAAAAGAAAUUGAUAUUCUUUGCCAGAGUGAGCUCUAUCAAACGUUGGUCCUUGGGGCAUUUCUCCCUUGAAGAUUUGAGCAAACGUGAGCUUGAUGGCCUGUGACCAAAAGGGAAGCAACUUAUUGUCCAAAGCAGUGGUCUUCAACCUUGGCAACUUUAAGACCUGUGGACUUCAACUCCCAGAGUUCCUCAGCCAGGACAAGAAGCAUGAUUUGAACUAGCCACCAUGGAUUAUUCACGGCUUCACACGUAUAACCCUCCCCAGUGCCUGCCAGAGAACACUGGCUAUACUUAUGCCCUCAGCUCAAGUUACUCGUUGACUGCCUUAGAGUUUGAGACCACGCACAAGUUGGACCCCGUCUUCGAUUCGCCAAGAAUGUCGAGGCGCAGCUUACGUUUGUCUACAGCGGGAUAUGGGGGCGCUAAAGACGAGGGUCUCUUCGGAAGCGGCAGCAGCUACGCUGGGAAAAAGAUGUUUGCAGAUCAGUCACCCCAGAUGACCAGAAAGCAUAAAACUACAGUGACACAGUCCAGUUCAGUAAGAACCACUUCAAGGAGAAAAAUGCCGGGCUCUGCUGCUUUUAGCCACAGUAGUUUCAGCAGCCGCACAACUGAUGGGUCUUACAUCUCAACCUUGCUGGAUGAGUCUUCAAUAAAGGAACAGACGGCUGUUGACCAUUUCUGGGGUCUCGAUGACGAUGGGGACCUCAAAGGUGGGGAUACGACUUCCAUCCAGGCCAAUGGCGAUAUCGCAACAAUGGAGAACCAGACUGAACUCAGCAACGGAUACACCUGCAAUGAUUGCAGCAUGCUUUCCGAACGGAAGGAAGCUCUUACAGCCUACUCAUCCUCCUCCAUGCCAACCUCAAGAGUUUAUUCUAGGGAUAGAAGCCAAAAAUACAAAUCCAGGGGUCUCCUUUACUACCGCAGCAAGGUCCUGCGAGCAGCCAAGCACGCCUCAACAUCUUUCACAUCCCUCAUAGUGCAGCUGUUUCAGAUGAUCUUGCUCAAACUGGGCUAUGACUGUAAAGCUCACUCAAAUUACUGUGGAAGCAUGAAUGUAAAAGAAUUUCUCAGGGAUAAAAGCCACUUGGGUAUGAACGGAGAAUCCAUGUGUGAUGACUGUAAGGGGAAGAAACACCUUGAAACAUACACAGCAGCCCACUUGCAAUCCUCACGGUCCAAAAGGAUAGCAAGAAGCAUGUGGCACAUCUUUUCUUACCCAGGUUACUUCUUCCUCCACAUGUUGCAAAGAACGAGAACGGCAGGAUGGCUUGUGACCCGGAAGAUUUUGUCUCUCCUUUGGCUGGCUGUUGUGGCCCCAGGGAAAGCGGCCACAGGGGCCUUCUGGUGGCUCGGCACUGGAUGGUAUCAGCUCGUGACCCUAAUUUCUCUGCUGAAUGUUUUUCUCCUUACAAGAUGUCUUCCAAAGAUGUUCAGGUUGCUGCUGUUCUUUCUCCCCCUACUUUUACUGCUUGGUUUAUGGUGCUGGGGUUCCGAAGAUUUCCUCUCCUUGUUACCAGCUUUGAAUUGGACAAGCUUACUCAGAACGGCCAGGUGGGAAGACUCCGUAAAGAGUGUUGCAUCUGAACCUCAUUCAGGCCCCGCUGGUCAGUUUCCAGAGGUGACUAUGAAGUUCUUUGAUGCAGAUCGUGUAAGUGAGCUGGAGAAACAAAUGGCCCACUUAUCUGAGAGGUGGCGUCACCAGGAUGAAGAAUACAAUAAAAUGCUACUUCUGGUCCAAAGCUUUCAGGAACAAGUCACCCAAAUGAACGACCGAAGUGAAAUGUUGGCGCUCGUCAAAAACAUUGUGAGCCAACAUCUUACAAAGGCCAAAUCGGAGGGAACGGGGCACUCCGAGCAAUUUUUGACUUUGCAUCAAGAGCACGAAUGGCGCCUUGCAACUUUAGAAAGUCUUCUGGCAAAACUCUCAGAAAAAUCAGAGGGUCUCCAGAAAGAAUUUGAAUUAACCAAAGCAAAAACAAUGAGUGACAUGGAUGAGCACAGCCAGAGCCUUUUGUCCAAGAUGAAGCACCUAGAAAUUGAACUGGCGCGUCUGAAGACAGAGUUGCUGAGUUUACAGGAUGUGAAAAGCUGCUGCAACACGAUAGACGCCCUUCACCAAAAGGUUGAUGCCCAGAUUAAAGAAUCGAUCAGGGUUAUGUUUUCGGGCGAUCUGAAAGGAGAUUUUUCGGAAUCCUUGCUUCAGUGGCUAACUUCCAGAUUUGUGACCAAAACAGACGUACAGGUUUUGUUGCGAGAUCUGGAGAUGCAAAUCCUCAGGAACAUCACUCUCCAGAGGUCGAUCACAAAUUCCAAAGUGACCACAGAGAUAGUGACAAAUGCCGUCAACGAAGCUGGGAUUGUAGGCAUCACGGAAGCGCAAGCACAGGUCAUUGUUAACAACGCCUUGAGGCUCUACUCUCAAGACAAAACCGGCAUCGUGGAUUUUGCUUUGGAAUCUGGAGGUGGUAGCAUUUUGAGCACUCGCUGUUCAGAGACCUACGAAACCAAAACGGCCCUGCUUAGCCUCUUUGGGAUUCCCUUGUGGUAUUUCUCCCAAUCGCCCCGCGUAGUGAUCCAGCCUGACAUGUAUCCUGGAAACUGCUGGGCUUUCAAAGGAUCACAGGGCUACCUGGUGAUCAGGCUUUCGAUGAUGAUCUAUCCAACCUCUUUCUGCCUGGAACACAUCCCGAAAUCUCUUUCACCCACAGGCAAUAUUACCAGCGCCCCAAAGGAUUUCUUAGUAUACGGCCUUGAAAAUGAAUAUCAAGAAGAGGGAAUACUUCUGGGCCAGUAUACAUAUGAUCAGGAUGGAGAACCAUUACAGAUGUUUCCAGUCUCGGAGACAACUGAAAAAGCAUUCCAAAUAGUGGAACUAAGGAUAUUUUCCAACUGGGGUCACACAGAAUAUACGUGUCUCUAUCGCUUCAGAGUGCACGGGCAAACUGCUGAAUGAACACUACGCUUAUUUUCCUACUCUGGUUAUACACCAUUUCUGUUUUUAAGUUUAUAAAUGGAAAUUUUGAACACUGGAAUCUUUAAAAGAUGGAAGAUAUGUGAUGUCCGACAGGUUGUGUUACUCUUUCCUGGCUAAACGUAGAAGGUUGCCAACAAAAUUAUAUCCCAAACCUAAUGGUUAUUUGCUCAAGAUGCUCAGCUUGUAACUGCCAGACAGCUUCAUGUUUUUAAUAUGUUCUUUCUGAAGGGGGGGGAAAAACCCUGCAUGCCAAUUGCUCUCGUUCCUAAGCCCAAUUAGCAAAUCACUAACCCCUCUUUUAAUAAGUCAGGAGAUAAACCUUUUUAAUUUUUCCUUUUCACCAUUAGGAAUUUGUUUGUUUUUUUUUAAUAUUGGGACUCUCCUCUGCACUUGGAUAUGAUUAGCAUGUUCUGUUGUUUAUGCAGUUCCCAAUCAGAUGAAGGUUUGUUUGCAAUUCCAGCCCAAGCCUUGAAACUAAGGCUUGUUACCACUGUUCGGAGUUUUGCUUGACGAAACUGCUUAGCAGCUCAUCCUUGAAGCUACUUCAUCAGUUGUAGUCAUGCAACAUUUAAUUUGUACGUUGAAGAUUCUGAUUUCAACCGAAGUUUGCUUUGAUAUUUAUCUUCCAGGUUUAGAACGUUUUUCCUUAAAUAUAUAUUAGUAAACAAAAAAAAAAUACCCUAACCCUAACAUCCAAAUGAAUAUCAGUAGUGAUUGUUGAACACAGAAAGGGCUUGAGUCUAACUUGAUGGGUUCUA